CAUUUGAGAUUUGAACGUACAAUUUAUUGGAUUUAGUGAUUAGUUGAAUUUCAGAGAAAGAAACUUCGCGUUUGCUCAAUGUUUGGUUACGGUAAAUGUUGAAAAUUUGAAGGUACAAUUUGGCUUUAGUGAUUAGUUGACGUUUAAAGAAAUGAUUUUUGUUUUCACCGAAAGUUCGGAUAGAAUGUUGGUAUUUUCAAUCCUUUUAUUAGUGUUUUCAGCAAAGGUCACAAAUGGAUUUCAUGUUGAAAAGUACGUCCACCAUUCAAUGGAAUACGACCCAAAAGAUCAAGAAGGAGAAGGGAGUUCGGAAAUAGUGGAAUUGAAAUAUCCCAGCAGAGGACGUUCUUUGGGACUUUUUGACUUGCUGACUGAGAUCCUUGAAACAGUGCAGCUUGCAGCCAAAGCUGAUUUACGUCGCGCCAGAAAAAGACAGAAAAUUAAAUUAGCAUAUGAGCAUCGUUGAUUGUGCAAUAGAAAAAUGUAAUAUGAUAGAAUAGAGUUUAAACUUUUUAUCCGCUUUGAUCGUACGAAACUGUAAAUUUAUUAGUUUAUCUAUACAUUUAUAAAAACAAUAUCAUUCCUAACUCAUUAUGAAUGAUUGGGAAAGGAACAACAGGCUCAAAGCCCGAAACUGUACCUUUCCCAAAUUCGGAUAGAAUUAGUCCAAAAAUAGAUUAUGCUCAUCACUUCAUAAGUUUUGAGUCCAAAAUAUUUAUAAACUAGGAAUUUAGAAAAUUUUAACGGUGAAUCUAUGAGAACUAGAUAGAUGUAAAUUCUUACAUAGGCUAACAUCAAUUUUUCUAUUAGUAAUUUAUAAAGAUAAAGAAUAAGUAAACUGUAAUUAAUGGUAGAAAUUACUUUUUGAUUCCUGUUUUAAUUUUCAACAGAUUAGCAACCUGCUAGCCAAAUUGUGCAACUAUUGACAAAUUUAAUACGAUAACUAACAAGAGGAUCAACUAAUUUUAAACAAUUCAUGAAUUGAAAUACUUUUGUGAAUAUAAAAAAGAUUUGGCAAUCUAUUUUCAACCUUUAAUGCAUACUCAUGAAUAUUUUUCUAUGAUUUUUACGCAGAAUAACAAUUUAGUUCAAACUGAAAGUACAAUGGCAAUGUUCAAUUGUAUCUUGUCUCAUUUUUCAAAGAAAAAACCUAAUAAAUGAAGAAUGCUAAAUAUUCCCUGAUCAACCUAAUACAAAUGAAUUACAGUAUAUGAAAUAGUAUUCAAAACAUUUAUUGCUUCAAAUGAUAAAAUGAAACUUAACUGAUAAAAAAUCAAGCAAAAAAUAAUUUUGGAUCAUAGUUUCCAAAUUUUUACUUCAUCUCCAGUUCUAACGGCCUUGGACGUCAUCGCGUUGUUGCCUGAUUUGUUCAUCGGUUCUCCUGCAUCACUUUCGUUGGAUGUUAUCAUUCCACGGCAGUUAAAUUGAUUACGUUGAAACAAGAGUUGAUAUUUUUGUAGUCGGAGAAUGAGCGAUUGGAGGUUGUAUCACCAUGGUUGAAAUUAUUAUCAGACUAGGAUCAGUCGCAUGAGAAACAAAUUCAGUUUAACCACCAUAAAAUUACGUCAUCAUAUUAACGGUAGAUUUAUUAAUUGGUUUGGUUGGAUAACAUAAUUUCACGGUGGUUAAAUUUUUAUUGAGUUUUUUGCAAUGUUCUUUGCUAAUAUAUAAACUGCAUAAGAUAUCAUAUCUUAGCGCUGCAAUCACAUUUCCGGUAGGUAUAACUUUAUAACGAACUUUUCAACUGCGUUGUUUACAAUAUGAUUUGUAAAGGAAAAUUUUGUACAAGGAAAACAAUGAAUAGAACAUUUUUAAAUGAAACUUAUUACAGUUUAUUAAUCAAAAAUUAAAAUUAAAAAUAAUACUAGUACAAUUGAAUAUUGAGUUUGGGCAACAUGAAAUAAGAACACAUCAACAGUAUCAACUCGAACAAACUAUUAAAUGAUUGUGAAGAAAGCAGCUAUUAUAUUUAUAAGAUAUUAAACUUCAUCAAAAUAGCAAUAUGAAGAAAGCAAUGCAUGUUAAUUUUGUGAUAGAAAUAAAUUAGGUAACUAUGAAAGUACUAACAAAAUGCAUAGCAACAAGUACACUAAGUAUUCAAAAUAUAAAUAAAGUUUAAAUUUAGCAAUGUA